AUGACCGAGACAGUCGAGCGCCGCGAGGCGUCCGAGGCCAGCGACCUGUACGAAGUCCUAGGGGUCCGCCGCGACGCCACCGAGGUCCAGAUCAAGAGGGCGUACAAGUCGCUGGCGACGAAGCACCACCCCGACAAGGGCGGAGAUGCCGCGGCCUUCGCGGCCAUCACGCAGGCGUUCAACGUGCUGUCGGACAAAGCCCGCCGCGCGCGGUACGACGACACUGGAGCCUUCACGAAGACCGCGGGCGAGGACUUCCUGGAGGGCUUCGCGGGGGGCGCGUACCUCGACCGCGGGCGCAGCGCCGAGGUCGACGCCGCGCUCCCGGCGCAGGAGGCGUUCGCCAGCGCGGUGAUCCAUCGUCCCGAGGAGCCCGCGUCGCACUCGGCCGGCUUCGAGGCGUGGAUGCGCGCGCGCGGCGAGGCCGGGCAGCAGGUGUACACGGCCGACACGAUCGCCGACAUGUUCGGCGUCGCGAAGUGCUCGUACGAGCACGUGGCGAUCCCACCCAUCAAAGCCUACGUGGUGAACUGCACCCGGCCGGGAGCUCGCGAUCCAUCGGGGUCCCUGAAGCUCACUUCGGAGGCGCGCCCGGCGUCCCUCGAGUGGGGCCAGGUCCUCGUGGCGGUCCGGCGGGCGGCCAUCUCCCCCGGCGACUUGUACACCAUUGGCACGGGCGGCGUGUACGGCGACGAGGCCCGCGCCUCGCCGCCCUUCGUCUGCGGGCACGACGGCGUGGCGGUCGUCGCGAAGGUCGGCCCGGGCGUCCGCACGCUCGCGGAGGGCGACUGGGUGCUGCCGGCAAAGGCCUUCCUGGGCACGUGGCGCUCCCUCGCCGUGUGGAACGAGAAGGACACGCUGAAGAUACCCCGGGACCUGCUGCCCCUCGAGUACGCAUGCGUCCUGCGCGAGAUGUGCACCGCGUACCGCCUCCUCGAGGACGCGCGGGGGCUGCAGCCGGGCGACGCGGUGAUCCUGAACGCGGCGAACAGCACGGUCGGGCAGGUCCUGCUGCAGAUGUGCGCGAUGCUGCGCCUGCGCGCGAUCGCGGUGGUGCGGCCGCGCCGGGAGGGCGACGAGGGGCGAGAGAUGGCCCGCAUGACCGAGUGGCUGCGAGCCCUGGGUGCCACGGAUGUGCUCGAGGACAAGGGGAGUCUCAAGGUAGCACUGGAGAAGAACAAGUACUCCGCGAAGCCCAGGCUCGCCCUGGACGCCGUUGGUGGCGCAUCCAGCGCCCGCCUAGUCGACUGCCUCGCCCAGGACGGAGAGGUCGUCGUGUACGGCAGCGCCAGCGGCACCGCACCGCACUUCUCGUGGCAGCACUUUGUGUUCCACGGCGUGCGCGCCCGCGGGUUCAACCUCCGCCGCUGGAUGUCGGACAACAAGAAGCACAUUCCGCUGAUGUUCGAGACCAUCGCGAAGCUGGUCAACGCCGGGCGCCUCCAGGUGAGCUACACGGAGUACGAGCUGUCGACCGAGUUCGCGGAGGCGUUCGACCACGCGCGGGACGACUUCAAGAACACCAAGGUGCUGCUGACUGCGGAGGACGUGGGGCAGAUGUAG